UGGCUUCACAAAUCUGUCAGUCACGCUUGCCCACACCCUCUCAGAAUGCAGCAUGGGGGAAAGAAUGUAACACAAUUAAGGAACUGUAGCCAGACAGUGUCUUUAUCGCCAAACAGUCGUCGUUUUCGGAUGAUUGAACUUAAGUGAUGCUCAAACGAUGCCUAUAGUGGACAAGCUCAAGGAGGCCCUGAAGCCCGGCCGGAAGGACUCCUCGGCGGGCGACGAUAGCGACCUCGAUAAGCUGCUGGCCUCCUCGGCCAAGAAGGUCCUGUUGCAGAAGAUUGAGUUUGAGCCGGCCAGCAAAGGCUUCUCCUAUCAGCUGGACAGUCUCAAGACCAAAUAUGUGAUCCUCAACCCACGCGGCAGUGAGGGGGCCACGUCGGGUCAGAGGGCCAGCACAGAGCCCGCUCAGAUCAAGAGGCAAGUUUCAGACAACCAGUGUGGGGGCCAGAGUGAUGGGAUCCCCGCCCCGCAGAAGAUGCUCUUCCCUGGGAACAGACUCUCCAUGCGUUGGGAGCGUGUCUACCGGGUGGGAGCCGGCCUCCACAACCUGGGCAACACCUGCUUCCUUAACUCCACCGUGCAGUGUCUCACCUACACACCGCCCCUGGCAAACUAUCUCCUCUCCAAGGAGCACAGUCGUGCCUGUCACCAGUCGGGUUUCUGUAUGAUUUGUAUAAUGCAGAACCACAUCAUCCAAGCCUUUGCCAACACAGGAAAUGCCAUCAAGCCUGUCUCCUUCAUCCGAGACCUAAAAAAAAUUGCCAGGCACUUUCGGUUCGGUAGCCAGGAAGACGCCCAUGAAUUCUUACGCUACACCAUCGAUGCCAUGCAGAAAGCCUGUCUGAACAGCUACCCCAAGUUAGACCGGACGACACAGGCCACCACAUUGGUCCACCAGAUAUUUGGCGGUUACCUCAGGUCGCGAGUUAAGUGUUCCGUUUGCAAAAGUGUGUCUGACACGUACGACCCUUACUUGGACAUCGCUGUGGAGAUUCGACAAGCAGCAAAUAUCGUCCGAGCCCUGGAGCUCUUUGUCAAGCCCGACGUGUUGAGUGGAGAGAACGCCUACAUGUGUGCCAAGUGUAAGAAGAAAGUUCCGGCAACAAAGCGAUUCACAGUCCACCGAACGUCCAAUGUUCUGACCCUGUCUCUCAAGAGGUUUGCCAACUUCAGUGGAGGAAAAAUCACCAAGGACGUUGGCUACCCAGAGUUCCUGAACAUCCGCCCCUACAUGUCUCAGAGCACAGGGGACCCGGUCAUGUAUGGCCUCUAUGCUGUCCUGGUGCAUUCUGGGUACAGCUGUCAUGCUGGCCACUACUACUGCUAUGUCAAGGCCAGCAAUGGGCAAUGGUACCAGAUGAAUGACUCGAUGGUCCAUUCCAGUAACAUCAAAGUAGUCUUGAAUCAGCAAGCCUACGUUCUAUUCUACCUGAGGAUCCCAGAGACCAAGAAGAACGUGGAUGGCCAGAUCACCAAGCAGGGAAUGGGGAAGAACGUAGCGACGUCAGAGCAGUUCAGGAAGACCAACCUCAACAGACCCCUGUCCUCUCCGCAGGUCACCAAGGUAUGGGACAGGCUGGCAGAACGGUCCGUCAUCAGAAUGUUUGAAAGCAAUACGAAACUGGACCCUUUCCAGCUGCGUAAGAUUCAGUCCGUAGAGGGCGGCCUGGGCAUACCCGUGUCUAGGAACGGCGCCAUCUCCCAGCAGCCCAACAAGAUGUCUAACGGGACGUCGUCCUCCUCCCACGCACCCACCAGGAUACCCAGUGGACCCAUGCUGAUCGAGGAGCCCUUCAAGAAGCUGAAGAAGCCCUGUCCUCCUCAGCAGCCCCAGGCGCGCAGCAGCACCCCCGCCCCCUCCAACGGUGUGGGCGGCAGGUCGGACGGCGGAGACCGGAGGCACGGGAACCAAGGGGCCAGGGGCCUGGCCGCAUCUACCUCACUCAAGUCCCUGUCAGACUCCUCCUCGGCAGACACCUCCGACUCAAAGGAUUCCAUGGGUACCAAAAGUGCGCCGGUUGGUGGGACGUCCACCCCCCCUAGGAAUGUCUCGAACGGCAUGGCCUCCCCUGCCAAGAGUGUGGAGCGCGUGGGCACGGAGGGGCAGAAGACAGUCAAGCUAAAACCCCUGGCCCUCAACAACAUCACAUCUUCACCCACCGGCACCACAUCUCCCCCACCCGCCAAGAAAUUGGCCCUGUCGGCCAAGAAGGCCAGUCGCAGCCGGAGUCCGAGCAGCACUGAGGCUCAACACCCCCACCUGCCACGCCAUCCGUCCAGUGACCGCACGCAUCCUGCUCAACUUAACCUCACCUUCACCUCACCCACUCACAGUCACAGGGUUGGUCCAUUCCAUUCACCCAAACUGCAAUCUCCACCUGCAGCCCACCAUGUCCACUCAGGCAUCCCAUCUAAGCAUCAGAGUCCCCAGAAAUCAAACUCCACCCUCUCUCCAAAACCCAAUGGGCUUCAGACCCACCUUCCAAAGAGCCCUAAACCUACCGAGACCCCCAGUCUGUCAGAGCCUGGCCCAAGCAGUUCCGCCGCCACCUUAAAGAAGAAAAAUAAGAAACGGCGUCACUCUGAGAUGGAAGGCGGAGAGCGAGAGCCAGCACUGGCCUCCGUCAUCCCAGACAUCCCCGCUGAGCCCAAACUGAUCGAACAGGCCAGUGAGAGGAAGAGGCGGAAAAGGAGAAAGAAGAGGAAGAGGGAGGAAGAGGAUGGAGAUGCAGCCGUGAACCACAGGGAAAGGGUUCAGUCUCAUCUGGAGGCUUCACCGCCGGCACAAGAGGAGGACUGGUGUCAGGGAGGAUCAUGGAGACUCAGCCCCCCUGACCAAAGAGCCCUGGAACAACCAAAGCUGCCCCAUCCCCAGCCUAAGAGUAAGCUCCAGUUGGUUCCAGUGGUUCUCCAGUGUGAUGCGAAUCAAGGAGAGCAGAGUAUGGACACUGCGACGAUGAUGAAGAGGAGGAGGAGGAGGAAGAAAAGGAGAUUGGAGGAGGGACCGGAGGAAGCAACAUUAACACGUUCUGUUUCAGAAAGUUCUGGGACGAAGGACAAGGUUGUUGAAAACGGCGCUAGGGGUUCUACUGCCCCAAAGAAGUUAAAGAAGCGCAGGCUAAAAGAAGAGGUGAAACAUUGGGAGGAAAGCAGACGUUGUUGCUCCGGCGACCAGAGGAGCGACACUGACGCAGCGGAGGCCCUUCCCAAGAGGGGCACCGUGGAGAGCACCGCUGGAGUGAUCGUGUGGGACAGCCAGGUUAAGGAUGGCUACAAGCGCUCCAAGGCCCCCGCUGCAGAAGCAGUAGAGGGUGGUCCUGGGGAUGUCCCCCACCCAGCCCCCAUGGUCUGGGAUGGCAAGAGGAGUGGUGGAGUGGUUGAGGAGCUCCUGAAGAACUCUUUGGACAAAGCCUAUGGAACCCAAGUCCUCAGCUGGGAGGGAGAGGCAUCUGCCAUCAGUAGGGAUGCCAUUGACGACACCCGCGAUGCCAGAACCGACAUGGUGAUUGACGAGUGGGAUGAGGACUUUGACAGUGGAAAGGUGAAGAAAAUGAAAAAGUACAAGCGAGAGAAGAGGAGGAGCGGCAAUAUCUUCCAGAAGAUCCAGGACCGGCGGAGCAUGUGGUCGGUCACACCCGGCGCCAAGAAGACCGGCUUUGGAUACCGUCACUGAGAGCCAACCAGAAUGGAUGUUUGGAUACAGUCACUGAGAGCCAACCAGAAUGGAUGUUUGGAUACCGUCACUGAGAGCCAACCAGAAUGGAUGUUUGAAUACAGUCACUGAGAGCCAGAAUGGAUGUUUGGAUACAGUCACUGAGAGCCAACCAGAAUGGAUGUUUGGAUACAGUCACUGAGAGCCAGAAUGGAUGUUUGGAUACAGUCACUGAGAGCCAGAAUGGAUGUUUGGAUACAGUCACUGAGAGCCAACCAGAAUGGAUGUUUGGAUACAGUCACUGAGAGCCAACCAGAAUGGAUGUUUGGAUACAGUCACUGAGAGCCAACCAGAAUGGAUGUUUGGAUACAGUCACUGAGAGCCAACCAGAAUGGAUGUUUGGAUACCGUCACUGAGAGCCAACCAGAAUGGAUGUUUGGAUACAGUCACUGAGAGCCAGAAUGGAUGUUUGGAUACAGUCACUGAGAGCCAGAAUGGAUGUUUGGAUACAGUCACUGAGAGCCAGAAUGGAUGUUUGGAUACAGUCACUGAGAGCCAACCAGAAUGGAUGUUUGGAUACCGUCACUGAGAGCCAACCAGAAUGGAUGUUUGGCCACAUACAGUACAACCGAACUGGAGUGACGACACGUGACACCACUGUAACAAUGUGAAUCUUUUUUUAAUUGCUUGGCGGUUCCAUACCCUGAUACCCUGCAAUACGAGAGACCAUGGCCAGUUGACAGAACAACACAUCUUUGAUCUGUGCUGGUCUCUUCACUAUAGAACUUACCGCAAGUCUUCCUUUGAUGACCGAGUCUGGUGAGCUGACCAACAUGGGCUGUGAUGUUACCACCAUCAGCCAGGGUUCAGCAACAGGGUUCAGCAACAGGGUUCAGCAACAAUGAGUUGACCAUUGCUUCUACACCGUUGUCUCAGAUGGAUGUGGAAAUAUUGUUCAGUCAAUGGUGCUCAAGCUGCUCAUGAAUAUGAUGAGCUUCCAUCUGUGGUAAUAACAUGACACUAUGUUAUGUUAGGAAUUCAGAACAAGUCAUGUCAGGAAUUGUCAUAUUUGUACAUUUGACAUGGUUGGGCUACUCUAGGAGACGGUUCUGGGGUUUUCUAGCCAGUAUCAAAGGAUGUGGCAUGCACCAUAUAGCAUUUAUCUGUGUGAAAGGCUGAGGUGAGAGAUUUUGUAUGAUGUAUGCUAGAUAACCCUUACCCAUCAGCUAAAUGUAUUGAAACCUAUGAGGGAGACACUUGGGUUGUGUUCAGGUGGGCGAAACGUGCAGAACUUUGAAUUAUAGUAAUGUAUAGAGAUGAAAUUAUUUCCUAUAGAAAAUCAUUGUGUUCUACUCAAUCUAUUUCUCUGAACAUUCUAAAAUGUUGCAACCAGUGAUUUAGUGUAAAAAAAAAAUUAAAACAUUGGUUGGUUGGUUGGUAAACGUUGAUCGCCGCUGUUGCUGAGUAAAGCAACACUCCCUAUACGUUCAAUGCAUUUUCCCACAAAUGGUGGGUAAACGCUCGGGCAAAAUACAAAAACAUGCAUAAAUGACAUUUCCGUGCGUUUACCCUCUACUACACCACUGGUUACAACCGCUGUGCUGACUGGGCGAUCUGCAGGACAGUGGGCCAAUAGAGGUGAAUACUGUUCUCCUGACUCAUGGCCUAUUCUGUAUGUGAAGACAUGUGGUGACCAUCUCGCGCUGAUCACCAUCAGCACAAUCACCAAGUCACCUUUAAAAGAUCCCAAACAUGAACAGGACUGCAGAGGGUGAAUCAUAACUGAUAUGCUUUAAUCCCAUCCUCUCUUUUAGUUUGGGAAUGAUUGAUACUUUUAUGCUUUUAUGGUUUCUUAUUCUGUGUGAUUUCUUUGCCACAAUGCCUUCUUGGUAUGUUCUACAUGACCUGAUAAAACUGACCCACUGUGGCUGCUGCUGACACAUUUACAUAUUCUGAUUAUACUCUUAUUCUACAAGCAUGAAUUUGGAGGGGGAACAGUCACAUGCCUGUCCCACGCAGACAAACGGCCUCCAUCUUUAGUUGAAUCUGAUUGAUUAUUGUGUGCGUGAUGGUGGUAUUUGAAGUUUCCUAUAUCAGAAUAUUCAGUUCUGCUUCCCUAACAGAUUGUUUUUGGUUCCUUUCCUGAGUGAAUUGGACAGUUCUGAAGAUGAUGUCAUUUGCUAGAUGUGUCAGAAUAGAAAAUGUCAUGGUCGAUUAACACCAAGUGAUGCUGGAAUAUGAAUUGCCCCGACAUCAGCUAAUUGCAAAGUUCAUAGGCGGAUGUCUCUACCCCCAGGUCAAGUUGGGGACUGUAGCGAUAACGUCAAGGCUUUGCCUGUUUGUAACACCACAUAAUCCACCUUUUAAUGGAUUAGGCAUAUCAUUGUUUCAUCUGCUUUCUAAUCCAUUUGCUCUCCUUUCUGGUAAAUAGUCCCAUUCUGUUUUGCAAAAGAGGGUAUGAGUGAUUCUGGGGUGGGUGGGUUGAAUUGGGAACUUUUUUCAUCCCUAGACAUCUACAGUAGGUCAUGAGUGGAGCUAAUUGUUCAUCUCUUCUGCGUGUCAUUCUCAAUGUCAAGUCCUUGGUCCCUGGUCUCUAACUAAAAGCUGUGUUGGUGACCAUCAUUUAGUAAUGCUCCAUCACCAGGUCCCUGGUCUCUAACUAAAAGUUGUGUUGGUGACCAUCGUUUAGUAAUGCUCCAUCACCAGGUCCCUGGUCUCUAACUAAAAGUUGUGUUGGUGACCAUCAUUUAGUAAUGCUCCAUCACCAGGUCCCUGGUCUCUAACUAAAAGUUGUGUUGGUGACCAUCGUUUAGUAAUGCUCCAUCACCAGGUCCCUGGUCUCUAACUAAAAGUUGUUGGUGACCAUCAUUUAGUAAUGCUCCAUCUCCAGUGAAUUUCAGCUUGGUUGUGCAUCAUGUGUUUUCUGAAUUAAUUUUGGGCCUCAAUAUGAACCAAACAGUUAUUUCUUUGUGUGUUCUAUCCCAGAUAAAGAGUUGCAUGUAGGCUGGUCCCAGAUCUGUUUGUGUGGUUUGGCCAACACCUAUGGCCAUUGUAAAUGUUGGAAAUGCAGCACAGACCUCUGGGGCCAGGCUAGAUUAUGUACGUUGCCCCAGGCAUUGUUAGUUUGAAGUUGAUGUAUAUGCUAUUAGUACAUGAUCAUUGUCCCAAUCUGUACUCUCUCUAUGCAAAUCACCCACAGACAGUCCAAUUAACUGGUCAUCUGGAACCUGAUGUACCCAGCCAUCCCCCAACCUUACAACCCUCAUGUUCAACCAACCUUCUAGCCAAGUCCACAUUUUAUUACACACCACCCCCAUUUUAUCCUGUUUUCUACCAGUAUAUUUGGGGGUGAAAACAUGGGAUCUUCCACUUUAUCUGGGCACUGAUUUUGAUAAAUAGAUGAUAAAUGCUAGUCAUUAAACAAAGCGCUUGGCCAGUGUAGAAUGUACAGUCCGCCUGGUGUUUCCCAAGCUUUCCCCGUCAUCCCUGCGUAGACUUAGCCUUUACAAACCAUCCUGGUCUGAUCGGCUACACGGAAACAGAAUGCAAGCUUGUGAGAUCAGGAUGAUUCGUACGAGUCUAGUGUAGUUCUAGCCACCCAUUGACUUUCAUUCUAGAGAUGUCAGCUUAAACAGUAUAGUUAAUGGAUAAUGUUAAAUCAUUUAAAUAAACUUUUCACAAAUCUUUCAUGUGUUAUAAAAAAUACAGAUAAAAUCUGUAUUUGGAUUGGUGGGGGAUUGUGAGACUUUAAAUAAUUUCUUGCAGAUGGAUGUUCAUAUGUGUGUGUUUCAUACGAAGGCACCUUGUUACUGUAGUGUCAUACAGUACGAGAGCGGUGUCAUCACCAGUUCCAUUCAAUGUGUUUUAAUGUUGACUGUGAAAUGAGCUUUAGGACAUGUUCGAUUCUCAAGGAAACUGACACGAGGACAUUAUACUGGUGUGACUGAUCCACGUCAUAUUUGCAUCGAUGGUUCUAUAUUUUGCACCGCCUUUUCAGACCAAGGAGAGACCUUUCAUAAUGAAAAGUGACUCUUACCAAAAUGGAUCAUGUAAUUAGCUAUACAGGUGCAAUAAAGUUGUGACUUUGAA